UGUAGUUUUUGAUUUUUUUCGUUUUUUUCGUUUGUUUUAGUUUUUUAAAUUCAUUCUGUUUGUCUUUUUUUUUUAAAUUUUUAAUUGAUUGUGCUUUUUUUUUCCAGAUGCAGGCCACCAGGAGGGACAGGGAAUACCUCAGGGCGUCCAAUGCGUGGUUUCGCUGGGAGGACGCAGAGGGUGAAAUCCUGGAAGGCGAAAAUAUUUUCGCCAUCCAGGAUUUGCACGCCAGGGCCGCCAAAUGGUUGGCGGAUGCCGAGGACGAGGCCUUCAUGGCCGGAGCCCGUUGGGAGGGAGGUGUUGGGCCGGACACCCCGAGAGCGCGGUGGGUCCGCGCUGUGAGGCGCGAGUCGCGCCAGUUCGAGGCCGAGGGCGAGCAGGUGCUCGCCCUCUACGAUGUCGAGGAUGCCUGGGCCCUCAGGAUCCUCUUCGGGGAGGAGUCCACCCAGCCUGACCUGACGGAGGAGGACUGGUCCCUGGAGCAGUGGGACUGAGAU